AGAACAAUGAAUGACAACGGUCUAAUAUGAAUCAUAAUGUUCAGAUACUGUUCUUGACCCUGCUCACCCUGACUGAUGGGCAACGACAACCUGACCGAUUUGCUGGUUGGUAACUGUCGAUGGACCUGCAUCAAUCUGAUGACUGACACUGAUGAUCAUACCAGGACCUGAGUUUGAUUGCUAGUUAGCAGUAAUAGGGUAGAUCAUUGCCCAAUGGCUGACAUUGUUAUUAAUACUAAUUUAUUUUUCAGUGGUAUGGAUUACGCCUGUGAUGUGCAUGUUAUCUCAGUCGAUAGCUGCUCCCCUGCAGAGAGAGCUGGUGUAAAGGCAGGAGAUGUGAUAGUGGAGGUUAAUGGAGCUAGCACAAAGGAUUUAACACAUGUUCAAGUUGUGAGGCUUGUUGUUACAUCUGGUCCUUGCGUUACAUUUUCUUUGAGGUCAGGUAGCAAACAGAGGAGACGUUCCUCAAGGCUGCAACCAGUUGGAGUGCAACCAACCCCUCUAAGAACCCAGCAUAGAGGUUCCCUUGAUGAGACUCCCCUGGGAAGCCAAUGUCUGUGCUAUAUGCAUCAUUUACAUUUACUGUUUUAG